GACGCGCAUCGACGGUGCGCGUCCUCCCGUGUCUUAUGAAUGGUCGCUGCCGUCUCAGGUCGUUUGACAUUGUGGAGGCGCAGGACACCCCGGGCACCGAAGUGACUCCACGGGACGACGGAGUGCACAGUGAGGACGGGUACCGGGCUGAGGCGCGCACCGGCACCGUUUUUUUUUUUACGCACGGCGCGGUUCUUGUUCGCUGUCCCGUCUCAUGUCAGCUCCGUGGUGACUCCGGCUGACCCGCAGAGGAGAGAGGGGCUGACACCUCUCACAUCCCCACUCCAGCACCGAGGAGUGAGUAGAUGAGACCUGCGCGCUCCUAACGUCAAAGUGCCAAACUCCAAAGUUUCACGGGGGACUGUUCCUGCGCAUGAUGUACACUAUCACCAGAGGUCCCAGCAAACUGGCCACCCAGCGACGCACAGGGCCCACGCAGCAGCUGGAGAACAAAAUAAACGACUUCAAGCACAAGCAGACCUCGUGGAACCUGCCCGAGCUCCCCGCGCCCAAGAUAGUUUUCAACCGCCCGAACGGCAAGAAGUACCAUCACCCUGCUCCGGCUCUGCCCGCAGACGACCAUCAGGAAGAGACUUCCAGCGCCGCACAUGAGGAGAAUGUCAAGUUUCUCUAUGAGGCCUGGCAGGAGGUGGAGCAGCAGCAGCCGAAGGAAACACAGGCAGCAGUUCACUUUAAAGAAACCACUGCCAGCCCACACAUGGACAACUUUGUGCCCAUCGACCUGGAUGAAUGGUGGGCCCAGCGCUUCCUAGCCAACAUCGACAAGCUGUCCUGACACUGCUCUGGGACCAGCGGAUCUUGACCGUCGGUCAGGAGGACAGACUCUGGCUCCGGGAUACGUGGGAGCAGCAGCUGUGAACGGGUCAGUGUCCUGAUGGGAUUCACGUGGACGGACAGCGCUGGGACGCUGCCGUAGGAACCACAGGGAAUCGCCUCACUCGACCUCAAGCCUUUUAACUCCAAACCACUAAACACCAAACAUUCAGUCUGCCACAGACGGCUGAAGGACCAUGUCUUCAGAUUUGUCUCACCCUCAACAGAGAUGUCAUGCUACUUUGAAAUGCAGUAAAGUUUUUUUCUUUUCCAAAGAA